GGACAGAGCCUGGGAUCUCAGCAACCUCUGAAGACCUGAGACUGUGAAGAACACUUGCCCAGCUGUGGACAUCGCAGGUUCUGGGAUCAUGAUUCCUAUUUUCUUCCUGGCUGCUCUUUGUUUGGGGCUGGUCUCAGCUGCUCCAACACAUGAUCCCAGUUUGGAUGCUGAAUGGCAUGAAUGGAAGACAAGACAUGGGAAAUUAUACAGCAUGAAUGAAGAAGGACGGAAGAGAGCAGUGUGGGAGAACAAUAGGAAAAUGAUUGAGCUGCACAAUGAGGACUAUGCUAAGGGGAAGCAUGGUUUCAGUUUGGAGAUGAAUGCCUUUGGUGACUUGACCAAUACAGAAUUCAGGGAAAUGAUGACUGGCUUUCAAAGCAUGGGACCCAAGGCGAUGAAGGUAUUCCAGGAGCCUCUGCUGGGUGAUGUCCCCAAGUCUGUGGAUUGGAGAAAGCAUGGCUAUGUGACUCCUGUGAAAGACCAGGGUAGUUGUAGAUCUUGUUGGGCAUUUAGUGCUGUUGGUUCCCUAGAGGGUCAAAUGUUUCGGAAAACAGGCAAACUGAUUCCUCUGAGUGUACAGAAUCUAGUGGACUGCUCCUGGUCAUACGGCAACAGUGGCUGUGAUGGUGGCUUGAUGGAUUAUGCCUUCCAGUAUGUGAAGGAUAAUGGAGGCCUGGACACCAGAAUGUCCUAUCCUUAUGAAGCACAGAAUGGAACCUGCAGGUAUAAUCCUAAAAACUCUGCUGCUAAAGUCAUGGGCUUUGUGAAAGUCCCAUCAAGCGAAUCUGCCCUAGUGAAGGCUGUGGCCACUGUGGGGCCCAUCUCAGCUGCAAUUGAUACUAAGCACCACUCAUUCCAGUUCUAUAAGGGUGGCAUGUAUUAUGAGGCAGACUGUAGCAGCAAUAAUCUGGAUCAUGCUGUCCUGGUGGUCGGCUAUGGUGAAGAAUCAGAUGGCAAGAAAUACUGGCUGGUCAAGAACAGCUGGGGUGAAUAUUGGGGCAUGAAUGGCUACAUAAAGAUGGCCCGAGACCGGAACAACAACUGUGGAAUUGCUUCUGAUGCUUCUUACCCCAUCGUGUGAG